GCAGCUCCGCCGAUUGGCAAAGGCCCGUUCCUCGACCACCCUUCGUCCCGGCGAAAGAAGGCCGAGGCCCGGGCCUUCCCCCCAGGCUUUUCCCUCUGGACUGACUGGGCUGGGGGUGCGAGGGCGGGCUCCCCCAAAUGGGUUGCUCUGACCUGGCUUCCCUCUUCUGUGCCCCACCGAGGACCAGCGCCUGGGCACUGGAGGAAAAAGCCCCUGACUUGGUCUGUAAAAGGCAUCUCUUCCUACCCCCACACAGCCCACCUAUAUAUACAUGGGCUUCUUAGUCUAAAUCUUUGGAAGGCGAAUCCAUGAGCGGCCUCCAAAUGCACCCCUAGCUCUGACUGAGGGGAUGAGAAGGGCCUGAUGUCAGGGGUCCUUGGUGCUCUCUACGCUUGGUGGUUUUCUGGCAGAUAUUUCACUGCCAAACUAGAUCACAUCAUCAGGGCUAGAAGGGAGCAGGAUUUGCUCCUAUUUUGAUAUGUUAGAGUCAUAUGCACCAAGCUCUGAAUAUCAAGGCCCCCAUACCUCAGCCCUGAGCUACAGAUACUCUUUUCUGUAGGGUCUGAUGUGGCACAAGAUGUGUUGAUCUCCUCUCAAAGACUCCCUGGACAAUCCUCCUGGUUGGGCUGCCCUGGUCUUGAAAAAAAAAUACCAUCAGGUGGUUCUCUUGGCAGUUUGGAAUUAACUUCCCAUGUGUUUGGGUUCACAAAUCACUCUGAUUUGAGGUUGGCUUAAUAUUAUUAUUUGUGAACCCAGGUAAUUAAAAUUGUGAUCAAACCAUGGCUUAAUGUAGUGUUUAAACGUAGCUUGUGCAUAUAUAAGAAUUGUUUUGGAAUUGUAGGUUUGUAUGGAAGAACCCCCAGAUAUAUUGAGACUAGCACCCAAAAUUCCCAACAAGAAUUCCCCUUAAUUAUUCAAGCCAAGAAUCCUGGAAGUGGCCAUAUAAACAGAUUUGGAUAGACUGAAUAGAACAAACCUGAAGACAGCCGCAAUCUCAAUUGCGUUCAGAAAACCAUGAGUCCCGGAAGGCAAAGACCUAGUGUUGUUGAGAAAUGUCCUGCCGCCACCACUGUUCGUUCCAGGCAAUCUCUGCGAAUCCUGGUAGUAGACAUCCAUCCUCCCCAUUGGGACAACACCUGCCACAAACUCUGUGAAGCCUUGGAAAAUGUCUUCUGCUUAGCCUGCAGUUUGACAGGCUCACCCCGCAUCCCUUCAUUCAGCCUCUACGUGGUCCAGAACCAGCAGGAAUGCCUGCUGCCCUUUGUGGCUCUUAAAGGAGGCUUUGCUCGGCUCCAGAGCUGCUUUGCAGAGCUUGGUGCCUUGCCGAAAGAAGGGGUGUUCCAGCCCAAAGAAGAGGCUGUGGUUCAAGCGGUGCUGGAUGGAUUGCAGCAGUUCAAACAGUACACGGGUCAAGGCAUGACCGGAGCCUCUCUAAGCAGCUCUUUUGUGGAGAUUACAAUCCUGACUAGCCAGCCCAGCAGAAAAAUAGCCAACCAACUGAAUGCUGGAUUGCAGGAUGUUGACCUGGUUAGCCUCCACCAACUACAGGUGGUCGAGGUUUCUCAGCGGGCAAUCCAGGAACUCUCUGGGGCACAGUGGGGCGGAGAAGUAUCCAGCAGCAGUGGGGAGAGCACCACAAUCUUGAACACAGAGAUUGAUCUACACACUGUGGAGAACGAUGUGGUGGCCUUAGAGGACUUUUUCAAAGCCUGGCUGCAUGACCAUGCUCCGGAUCAAGAGCACCUUCAUCUCCUCCUGCCUGCCAGGACCACCACCCGCUCUGAGGCACCAAGCACCAAUGCAGCAUGGCUGAAGUGUGAUGUCCAGGAAAGAUUUCUCAGCCCUGCCCAGCUUCCUGCCGCAUAUGAGGGUGGAACAGCAGGAAUGGACAAUGCUGCCAGUCCAUUCUGGAUGGCACCUGGCCUGGCCCCACGUAGACUGAGAGUCCUCAGGGCACUAAAAGCUGAUGGAGUCUGUGCAUCCAUGAUUUUUGGUCUCCCUCUAGUCGUAAGGCCCACAAGCUGUUGGCAACUGAGCUGGGAUGAACUGGAGACCAACCAGCAGAGUUUCCAAGCCUUCUGCCACUGUCUGCGAAAGCGGAAAUGGCUGCUGCUUGCCAAAUAUGAGACCUGGAGUGGGCCAGAUCUCAGUGGAGGCCUCUCAGCCGGCACCUUCCAGGUCCUGCUGCCCUCAGACUCCUGCACCCUACUGCUGCGCCCGGUAGUGGCCCGAGAGCUGCUUCUGCCUUGCAGCUUCCCUCUCCUCCCUGCUGACCUGCCAGAAGCAGCACUCGCUAAAAUGGAGGGCAUCCUCGGUGGCCUGGAGUUUGAGGCAAGCUACGAUCCCCUGCAGGCAACCUGUCAUUUGUACCAGGCCUUGAAGAGGUGCCUGGGCCGCCUGCCUGCCUCCCGGGUUCAGCGCUGGGCACCAAGGCAGUGGCCCCGCCAGCAGGGGGGUCGUGUGCAUCCCAGCAGGGCCAGGGCCACAGUGGCCCCGCUGCAGGUGGCCCUCCCACCUGCUGGCUCCGGCAGCCUCCCCCUUUCUCCGAGCCAAGGAAAGGCGAUCCCAGAAUCCAAGAUGUAGCAGCCUUUGCCCACGCUUCUUGGCCAUGGAGGGAACACCCUGCCUUCUUCACAGCCACAGAGCCGGUGUCGUCCUCUGCCGAAAGAGCCGGAGCCCCACGGCGGUUUCUUUGGCAGCAGCCUGCACCUCCCCACCCUCGCCCAGAAGACUCCAUGGGGGGACGGGGUGUGUGUGGGAUGCUCCCGCAAGCCUCGGGCAGGAGCUGGGGCCAACCUGCCUGUUUCUCCCCACUUCCCCCAGCCUGGGCUCCAUGGGGAAGGAGGCGGAGGGGCUGUUUGUGGCACUUCCUGGUUUCUGUUGUUCAGCCCUCUUCCGGCCUGGCUCAGCCACAUCCUCUGCUCUGCGUCAAUAAACCUCCUUGUGACAGCC